CCUCUUUGAGUUGCGUCCCUUGCAGAUUGAAGGACGAGAAAAAUGUCUCAUAGGAAGUUUGAGCACCCAAGACACGGGUCUUUGGGAUUUCUGCCCAGAAAGAGAGCUGCUCGACAUAGGGGAAAGGUGAAGGCAUUCCCUAAGGAUGAUCCAAGCAAACCCUGCAAGCUGACUGCCUUCUUGGGUUACAAGGCCGGAAUGACCCAUAUUGUGAGAGAAGUUGAAAAACCUGGAUCAAAACUCCACAAGAAAGAGACAUGUGAAGCUGUCACCAUCAUUGAAACACCUCCGAUGGUGAUCGUUGGUGUUGUCGGGUAUGUGAAGACACCUCGUGGUCUUCGUUGCCUGAACACUGUCUGGGCUCAACAUCUGAGUGAAGACAUUAAGAGGAGGUUCUACAAGAACUGGUGCAAGUCCAAGAAGAAGGCCUUCAUGAAGUACUCCAAAAAAUAUGAGACUGAUGAAGGUAAAAAAGAUAUCCAGGCACAGUUGGAGAAACUCAAGAAGUAUGCUUGUGUCAUCCGUGUAUUGGCUCACACUCAGAUAAGGAAGAUGAAGGGUCUGAAACAGAAGAAAGCACAUUUGAUGGAAAUCCAGGUGAAUGGUGGGACUAUUGCCCAAAAGGUUGACUAUGCAUAUGGUUUCUUUGAGAAGCAGGUUCCAGUUGAUGCUAUUUUCCAGAAGGAUGAGAUGAUUGAUAUCAUUGGUGUGACCAAGGGUAAGGGUUAUGAAGGUGUUGUAACACGUUGGGGUGUGACACGUCUUCCUCGCAAAACCCACAGGGGUCUUCGUAAAGUUGCUUGUAUUGGUGCUUGGCACCCUGCCAGAGUUUCCUUCACAGUGGCCCGUGCUGGUCAAAAUGGAUAUCAUCACCGUACCGAGAUGAACAAGAAGGUCUAUAAGCUCGGCAAAGCUGGGCAAGAGUCACAUGCAGCGAUAACUGACUACGACAGGACUGAGAAAGACAUCACACCUAUGGGUGGAUUUGCCCAUUACGGUGUGGUGAAGGAUGAUUACCUGUUGAUCAAGGGAUGCUGUGUAGGUCCUAAGAAGAGAGUUGUUACCCUUCGCCAAUCUCUUCUUAACCAGACCUCUCGUGUUGCUCUUGAGGAGAUUAAGCUCAAGUUUAUUGACACUUCUUCAAAGUUUGGACAUGGUCGCUUCCAGACCACUGAGGAGAAGCAGAAAUUCUAUGGCCGGCUCAAGGCUUGAAGGCUAUUAUAGAACUGCAACUGUUGGCUGAGCUUAAACCAGCUGUUUGCUGAGUUGAACCCAUGACUUAGUAGAAGUUUUGGACAAGUUAUUGUUAUUUUUUCUUUAUUUUAUAAAGUUUUUCUGUAGACAAUGGUCUACAUGCUAGUAAGUACCUUCAGGAUUUUAGUUGAGCUUGCAACUUUUGCUAGAGCUUAAACGCCUAUUAUUUUGGUAGAACAGAAGUUUUGUCAAUUUGUGUUAUUGAUAUCUUAAUUUGUGAGGUGA